AAAUAUGGCGCUGCUCUGGUAGAGGGUGAAGUUUAACGGAUUCGGUUUAUUGGAUUAUCCUCUUUGUGGUAAAGACGACGGUGCCCUUUGUUAAUACAGUGUCUAUUUAAUAUCGAAAAAAUCGCAGUACAAUUGUGGACCAUUGUAAUUUUCCAAACUCAGCAGAUAGUUAUUAGUUAGCUGACUUCGGCUAAUGCUCUAAUAUACGGUGUAUGGUAGUAUCUGUGACGUCGUUGUUAACGUUUCUCCCGAUUGGUCACACGCUUUUGAACAUGAACCGUCAUCCAAUCGCUGUGUAAGAGGCGGGAUCUGUGUGUUGACGUCAUGUCAGGGAGAAACGCUUGGGCCAGUAGCCGGGAGCGGAUCAGGAGAUUUCCUGAGCUGUUAGCCCGGUGCUCAGUAGAGGCAGCUGCUUAUGGGAAAUGUGUGGUUUCCACUACAACAGGCAAACAGGAGCUGAAGAAAGAUUUCUGCCUGAAAGAGUUUAAAGCUCUGAAGACCUGCUUCAUCCACGCUGCAAAUCAGGGGAUGAAGUAAAGGAAGAAUUCAAGCCUGGACAUACUGUUUGUUGGAUAAGUACUUGCUGGAGAUCCAUUCAUUUAUUCAUCCUCAGUAAGUGCUUUAUCCUGGUCAAGGCCACACUGGAUUUAGAGCCUUUCCAAUGAUCACUGGGUGCGAGGCUGUAGUACACCUCGGUGGGUCAUUGAUGCAGACACACUGAAUGAGGGGCAAUUUAGCAAAGUCAGUGCAUCUAAGAGCAUGUUUUUAGGAUAGCAGAAGGAAACCGGAGGACACUGAGGAAACCCAUAUGGACACAAGAAGAACAGGCAAAACUUCAUACAGAUGAUGACCUAAUGUACGAAUAAAAUCGUCUUCCUGGUAUUAAUGCAUUUCUGUCACUAAAAUAUGAACAACAUCAAAAUAUGAUGAUAUUGUCAUGCAUAAAAAUAAAUGAUCUGUGCAAAGU